ACGGAAAAAGCCACCGCUAACUCUUCGCCGGCGAUGCAUCCACCGUCUCUGGGUACACCUCUCCCCCAUUACAGACUCGACGAUUACCAGCCAGGGGCCCCACCUCCCUGGGACAACUCGCCGCCUCCGCCGCCUCCAACUGAUGACUUCUCACUGCCUCCGCAGUCAGAGUUGGCCCCUGCCUUGGCUUCAACCGCGGCGCAGUCCGUAUCGCCUGCAGAAGCACCUCCGCCAUCGCACCGGUCUCCGUCAAUCUUGCUAAUCGCAGGACUGGCUGUGCUUGGUUUGUUGCUGAUACUGGGGUUAUUAUGUGCUGUUUUCUUCAUAUGGAGAGCGAGAAGGAACAGAAGGAUGAGAGGAAAAGACAACCCCUCUGCACAACCACACCAACCAGGAGAUCCAUCCCACCACAUCGCCAUGACCCCGUCAGUCAACAACCCACAGUCGCUGAACCGUCCCCAGCCAUCAACCCUCACGGUGCCUUCUCGAGCACAACUAGGUCGACCACUGUCUAAUCCCAGAGUCUUGGAAAGGUCACGAGCACCAAGAAUAUUUACAUAUGAGGAAUUAGAAUCGGCAACAAAGGGGUUCGCGGAGUCAAAUAAACUGGGCCGAGGUGGUUUUGGCACAGUCUAUAAAGGAGUGCUCCCUCCUGAUAACGAAAUUGUGGCGGUUAAGAAGCUAAACUCUGGAGCACAAGGAAAGGAAGAGCUGGAGACUGAAAUCAAGGUCAUAAACCAAGCCCGUCACAAGCAUAUUGUUUCCCUCGUUGGAUACUACAUUGAUGAAGAUGAAGCCCUUAGGUCCGACAUGCUGCUUGUUUAUGAGUUCAUCCCAAAUGAUUCUUUACAGUACCACCUGCAUGGGACAGGCACAGAAACUAUAGAUUGGGAAACAAGGAUGAAGAUUGCUAUUGGCUCCGCAAAAGGAUUGAGAUAUCUUCAUGAAGACUGUGAACCCAAAAUCAUACACUGUGACAUCAAACCACACAACAUUCUUCUUCAGGGUGAUUUUCAGCCAAAGAUAGCAGACUUUGGACUUGCACAACUUUUAUCUGACACUGUUACCCACGUCUCCCAGUCACGAUUCAUGGGAACUUUUGGAUAUUUAGCUCCGGAGUAUAUUCUUGGCGGGAAGAUCAGUGAGAAGUCAGAUGUCUUCGCCUUUGGUGUUGUUCUUUUGGAGUUGAUCACAGGACGAAAACCUAGCGAGUGCACAGGAGGCAUGGUUAUCUGGGCAACCCCUCUACUCAUCGCAGCCGUGAGAUCCGAAGAUACAGACUUUGAGGCUCUUGCUGAUCCAAGGUUGCGCAAUAAGUACGAGCCCGAAGGCAUGUUUCGAAUGGUUUCUUGUGCUGCUCAUUGCGUCUGCCGUCCAGCCGCGCGUCGUCCUCGAAUGAGCCAGGUGGUUCAAGCUUUAGAAGGAACGAUUCGCCUGAAUAAUGAUGAUCUGACUGAGGACGCCACGUGAAGAAGUCAACGCGAGGCGUGUAGAAUUUUGCAUGGACAAUGCAUAUGUGCCUGCGUGAGUUUCAAAUUAAAUGAACCCAUAAGCUACAUUAUUUAUUUCAGAAGUGUGAUUUUUAAUUUUAUAGAUGGUUUCAUUGAACUUCCGUAAGCAGUAUACGUAUUGAGAUAAUUUUGAAUGGAUUGAUAUGGAGAUUU